AUGUCGAGAGAUCUUUGCAUCUUCACUCGUCUGCAGUCGCUUGUCAUCCGUGACGGGAUGCAACAAGUGGUAGACAGCAAGCAGCUGGUGCCUGGAGACAUCGUGAUCCUCGUCACAGGCGACGUUGUGCCUGCUGACAUUCGGCUGUUCACAAGUGUCGAUCUCAAGUGUAACGAGAUGCUGCUGACGGGCGAAUCGGAGGAUGUUCCCAAGAAAUACAACGCUCCGAUCCACCCCGCUGGAGCCGGCAAACCUGCCAAGUUGACAGCGAGUAACAUGGUCUUCUCGUCCACGACGAUCACCGCCGGCAACGCUCGUGGUAUUGUAGUGGAGACUGGUAUGAACACGCGUGUGGGCUCCAUUGCAGCUCUACUACAAGCCAAGAGCGGCACGGAUGCGUCUGCAGAGAAGAAGUGGAUCCGUAACCCGCUGGGUGACUGCAUCGCCAAGCACCGUCCGAAGCUCACGCCUCUGCAGCGAGCUCUACACCACACUGGGUACGUCAUGGGUCUCAUCGCGGUGGGUGUGGCCAUCCUCGUGUUUAUCGUCGGUAUGAUCCGCGGCAAUGAAGACCCUCAUCACCCGGACAGACCCACGUACUUGACUAUGAUUAUGGCUGCUGUGUCUGUGGCCGUGAGUGCUGUUCCCGAGGGUCUACCGAUGGUCGUGACUAUCUGUCUGUCGUCCGGUACGGCCGAGAUGGUCAAGAAGAAUGUGCUUGUACGUAAACUCGCGUCAGUGGAGACGCUAGGCGAAGCGUCGGUCAUCUGUACCGACAAGACGGGUACAUUGACGGAAGGCAAGAUGACUGCAGUGAAGCUCUGGGGCGAUUUCCGCGAGUAUUCAAUUACUGGCAAGGGGUUCACACCUGAAGGCUCUAUCCUCGCUUCGGACGGUAGCAGUCAAGGCGAACCGGAGGCCGGAAAUGUGCAAGUUCGCGCGACUUUGAUGGCCUCGGUGCUGUGCAGUAACACGCAACUCAAGCAAGUGGAAGGGGACGACGGCGAGACUCCACGUUGGCUUCCGUUUGGCAACUCGUCCGAGGCGCCUUUGGUCGUUGCAGCCGCUAAGGCAGGGAUCUGGGAAGAUAGUCUGCUGGAAGACUACCCUCGGCUAGUGGAAGUACCGUUCAGCUCAUCACGUAAGAUGAUGGUCACAGUGAACGCCCUACCUGUGGUGAAUGGCAUGGCGAUGUUCGAUACGUUGGCGCUUCCAGGUGACCAGCCGCCCAAGCUGGUGGCGAACGUGAAGGGCGCACCGAACUACAUUUUACGCAACUGCACCCAGUACUGCCGGAAGGAUGGCACGUUCGAGACGUUGAACAACGUGCAGCGUCAGGAGAUUCUCGAGGCGGUGGACGCGCUAUCGUCGCAGGCGCUGCGUGUUCUUGCUGUGGCUAUCCAGCCGAUGCACGAAUUGCCGUUCGGGGAAGACUGCGACGAUGUGGACGAGAAGUUUGAAGCCUUGUCCAAGCCGUUAGUGUUUCUCGGACUGGUGGCGUCUAUCGACCCGGAACGUGACGGCGUGCGCGAUGCCAUUGCCACUGCACGAGCUGCUUCCAUCCGUACGGUGAUGAUCACUGGCGACUACCUCGCUACGGCUGUUGCCAUCGCCAAGAACAUUGAUUUGCUACAAGUGGGCGCGGACCCGGAGGCUCAAGCGACAGACUGCACGCAGCUUCGUCCGAAUGGAGACGUGUACUUGCCCCCCGCUGACAUCGACGAGAUCACGUCACGCACGUUGGUGUUCGCUCGUGCCAAGCCCGAAGACAAGAUCGAGAUCGUGAAAUCUCUUCAACGUCAAGGACUCAUCGCUGCUAUGACUGGAGACGGUGUCAACGACGCACCAGCGUUGAAGGAGGCGGAUAUCGGUGUGGCCAUGGGGAUUUCAGGCACGGAAGUGGCCAAGGGAGCGUCCGACAUGAUCUUGAUGGACGACAACUUCUGCAGUAUCGUCACGGCUGUGGAGAAGGGCCGCGUCAUCUACGCCAACAUCCAGAAGUUUGUCAUGUUCUUGCUGUCCACGAACAUCGGAGAGAUCAUCCUGAUCUUCAUCUCGGUGGCUGGCGGGUUCCCGCUUCCUCUCGAGGCGCUGCACAUUCUGCUGCUCAACCUGUUCACGGACGGUAUGCCUGCUGUCGCUCUAAGCUUAGAGAAGGGCGACCCACACAUCAUGGCAGACAAACCACGUCACAAGCAGACUUCGCUGAUCCACGGUCGACUGUGGCUGCUCGUGCUCUUCAACGCGUUCCUGCUUCUCGCUGGAGCUAUGACCACUUUUCUCUUGGGACUGUACUGGAACUUCGGCGUGUUGCUGACGGACGACAUCUACAAUACUGGCGGCGGUCCAGAUGGGACGGACUUCACGGACGUGACGUGUCGUCGAUGGGAAGGCAUCGACGAUGGCUGGAAAGUGUACGGCAACUGUGCUGCUCAGUACUCGGACGGCUCGUACAUUUUCGGCGAGGAAGUGGCCGGUAUGACGUCGUAUGAGAACUCGACUGUUUACUGUGAAGGAGGCGACUACGACUGCGUCCCAGCGGGUCUGGGACGAGCUCAGACGAUGGUGUUCUUGGGUUUGGCCUUCACGGAGGUGCUGCGAGCCUACACGGUGCGUCACUUCACGGAGCCUGUGUUCGCACGGAUGUUGUCGAAUGGCUACAUGCAGUUGGCGGCGUGUAUGUCGGUGAUUUUGACGGUGCUCGUGAGCAACGUCCCUGUUAUCAUGGACGACAUCUUUGGAUUCGAGUACAUUCCGUGGUAUCAGUGGCUUGUGGUCGGAGCUGUUGCAGUCAACAACGCGUUCUGGGGUGAGAUCCUGAAGGCCUAUUUGCGACGGAAGGACCGGGCGCAGGCUCGCUGGGACCACAUGAAGAGCGGGUUCGAGGAGAUUUUGCUCGAGAUCCGGCAUGUGCGCUAUCAUGUUGAGAGGCUUGAAGCGGGUGGAGCUCAUCGUGGACUUAAGCGAGAGUAA